GUCACCUUUGCAUUCUGGUUACGCUAUCCAAACCCAUUCGCAUCUCAUGUAUUGGCUGUCGAUGUCUUGGAUAGACACGUUGAUGAACGCGGGGUACUAAAGACCACCAGACUUGUACUGAAGAAAGGAAAGGUUCCCAAAUGGUUCCCAGAAAGUUUUAUGAAGAAUUCGGAAGCCUUUAUUAUUGAAGAAUCCGAAGUCAACCCAAAGACAAAGACCAUGGUAACCCGCACAAAGAACCUAAACCACGUUCGUAUCAUGCAAGUCGAAGAGACCCAGACAUUUACACAGCACGGCCAGAACCCGGAGUGGACAUCCUGCAAGACCGAAGCUCGUAUCAUUUCUCGUUUUGGAUGGGGAAUGACCAGCAGAAUCGAAGGCUUUGGACAGACAAACUUUGCUGCCAACGCCAUCAAGGUAAUGAUAAAUAACGAGAACGGACAUCUAUAG